ACUCGCAAGCAGAUCGGACAAGUUAUUAAUCGAUCCAACAAAGGUGUUUUUUUCACAUCGAAUAAUAGUGUGCUUUUUCAUCGGUUGCGCUUGCGAGUGUAGCGAAAUUUAAAGUGGUGCGCGCUGAGGAUCCAAAUCAGACACAUUCAUCACACACGCCACACAGCCGCGGCAAGUAGAAAUUUAUUUUUCUUUUGUUUCCCUAUCAUUCCUUCUUCCUUCUGUGCACGAUAUACACCAUUGUUCAACUUUGUGUUAACCAAAUCGGCAAACGUUGGCAUUAGGGGUGAUCAUUAUUUCUUAUAUACCGUUGAAUUUUUAUUGGAACUUUUUUUCAUUUUAGCAUUUUAUUUGACAUAAAAUAAAUCAUAACCUUAUAAAAAAUAUUUUUUUUUUCACUCAUUUAUUUAUUUUGAAUCAUUAUAUUCUGUUCAUAUCGAACAGUUGACCGAUUUUUUUUUAUAUGGCUGAGGGCGGGAAGGAUCCCCCAUCGACGCCAUUGAAUAUUUCCGAUACCGAUCCUCCUCCUGAAGAGCAGGAAGAUGAAGCAGAAGUUGAGGAAGAAACUUCUGUAUAUGAAGUUGGAAGUUCCGAAGAUGAGGACAUUGACGAAAAACAGGAUUUUCGUCCAAAAGAAUACCAUGAAGGCUCCAAAGGCCCAUUCAUUGUAUACUUUAGACGAAAAUCUAAACCUCUCAAUGUCAUUCGUAUCUCGAAGGAACUUACUCAGAAGUUUUCUGCAGUUACCGAGAUUACACGGAUGGGGCCAGACAAACUACGAGUUGUCGUCUCAAGCAGGACCCAAGCGAACGAAAUCACGCGCUGCGACCUCUUUGCGAUUGAGUAUCGCGUAUACGUGCCCUGUUGCAACGUCGAAAUAGACGGCGUAAUAACCGAAAAGGGUUUGACUCGAAAAGAGAUUAUCGAUGGUGUCGGUCGCUUCAAGUACUCUUCACUAAAAACUGUGAAGAUUCUUGCAUGCGAUCGACUGAAAUCUGUGUCACAAAAUGACAAAAAUGACAAAAGGGUUCUCAAUCGGACAAACUCUUUUCGUGUUACUUUUGAGGGUUCCGCCCUUCCAAACUACGUUGCAAUAGGUGCACUUCGUUUACCUGUUCGGUUGUUUGUACCCCGGGUAAUGAAAUGCAACAAAUGUAUGCAACUCGGUCACACGACCGCCUAUUGUUGCAAUAAAAAACGUUGCGCAGAUUGUGGAGACAGCCAUGAUGAGAAUCCUUGCGCGAAAGAGCACAAGUGUCUUCAUUGCGGCGGGACUCCUCAUGAUCUUAUCCAAUGCCCGGUGUACAAACAACGAGGGGAGAAAAUCAAGCGUUCCUUAAAGGAACGUUCCAAGCGGACUUAUGCAGAAAUGCUUAAGAAUUCCGUACGAACGAAUCAGGACAAUCCCUACUCCAUUCUGCAGAACGACGAGCCUGUUGCUGACGCUCCCAAUGCAGGAAGUUCCGGUACAUCGCAGGGUGCCGUCAGGAAAAGAAAAAUUACUUCUUUUCCAUCACUCCCCAGAAAGACGACCGAAACUUCCCAAGUUGGAAUGAAAACUCGAAUUGAACGUGCUGAGAAUAGACCGAAGCAAGUACCUCCUGGUUUAAGCGGUUCUUCUACGCACCAGGGGUCCUCAGCACUUCCCGGAGCAGCACCCACCCCGUCUGUUCCAUUUUCGCGGUCGAGGCAACAGCCACAAUCUGGUUUGCUUGCGCUUUCUGACCUGGUGGACAACAUUUUAAAUGCUUUAAAUAUAAAUGACCCUCUUAAAAGCAUAGUAUUAUGUUUGCUUCCGAUUGUGAGAACAUUUUUGAAAGAAAAAUGUGGUUUUUUAGCAGCGUUCAUUUCCCUCGAUGCCUAAUUCAGUGCAAGAGGUCAAGGAUUUGACCACUGUAAUACAGUGGAAUUGCAGAAGCAUCAUCCCUAAACUAGAUCAAUUUAAAUUUUUAGUUCAUAGUUCUAACUGUGAUGUAUUUUCCCUCUGUGAAACAUGGCUUUCUUCAGCCGACGAGCUGAAUUUCCACGAUUUCAACAUUAUUCGCCUCGAUCGAAAUGACUCGUUUGGUGGCGUACUAUUGGGGAUCAAAAAAUGUCACUCCUUCUAUAGAGUCACUCUCCCAUCGAUGACAGGCAUUGAAGUUGUCGCUUGCCAGACACAAAUCAAUGGCAAAGACUUCUGCAUUGCCACGAUAUAUAUUCCUCCAAGAACCAUGGCCGGCCGCCAUCAGUUUUUUGAUAUCAUCGAGGCAUUGCCGGAGCCGCGGCUAAUCUUAGGUGACCUCAACUCCCAUGGAACAGCAUGGGGGUCACACUACGAUGACAGCCGUGCCACGUUGAUUUAUGAUCUGUGCGACAACUUCAACAUGACAGUUUUAAAUACAGGGGAAGCAACUAGGAUAGCCAACCCUCCUGCACGGGCAAGUAUGCUAGACAUAUCACUUUGCUCUUCUUCGUUAUCCCUGGAUUGCACGUGGAAGGUAAUCCAAGAUCCCCACGGUAGUGAUCACCUGCCAAUAAUUUUAUCGAUCGCCAAUGAAUCAGCACUUGUUUCAAUGCAUGAACUUCCUCCACUCGAAGAG